AAUUCAAUUCACCUUCACUCCUGGUUCAGCGGUAGCAGGUAGUCAGCAACUGCGCGAGAAGACGUGAAAAGAUCAGUUCACCAAAGCUGCUCCUCCACAGCCAUUAUACAUCUCCUCCGACACCUGAGUCGCGCGUCGACGCAGGUGCAUUGGGAAUGUCGACGCGGAAUGAAGGUCCUCUGCGUCGCUGAAAAGCCGAGCAUAGCGAAGGCUAUCACCGGUAUUCUGUCCAGCGGUUCAUCUCAGAGUCGGAAUACUGCCAACAAGUAUAUCAAAAACUAUGACUUUUCAUACCGAUUCCCACCACCCCUUGGAGGGCCGGGCGAUGCGGAUUUUACCGUAACAUCAGUCCUUGGGCAUCUGACAUCAAGUGACUUUGACGACGAUCAUCGCAAGUGGAACGCUUGUGAUCCAUUCGACCUCUUCGAUGCUCAGGUGCAGACCUUCGUCUCGGCGGACUUGAAAAGCGUCGAACGAAAUCUUCAGCAGGAGGCUAGAAAUGCCAACCUGCUGAUGAUCUGGACGGAUUGCGACAGAGAAGGUGAACAUAUUGGAUCGGAAGUAGCGGCCGUAUGUCGACGUGUCAACCGUAAUCUGGUUGUCAAACGUGCUAGAUUCAGUGCAAUCAUACCUGCCCAAAUCCACCAAGCAUGUCGCACAGCGAAUGACCUCGAUAUGCGUCAGGCGAAUGCCGUUGAAGCGAGGAUCAAUCUUGAUCUCAAAAUUGGAGCCGCUUUCACCCGCUUGACUACCAUGGGCUUGCAACAUCGUAUACCGGGGAUCGAGGAAAAGCAGGUCAUCAGCUACGGGCCAUGCCAGUUCCCGACACUCGGCUUCGUCGUAGAUCAAUACAAUCGCGUUCAGAGCUUCGUCCCUGAGCCAUUCUGGUACAUAUACGUUGCUAUUGAGAGGGAGAACGAUGUCGAUGAGGGAGGAGACUCUCAGACGGUUGAAUUCAAGUGGCGUCGGAAUCACCUUUUUGGAUUCGAAGAAGCCUUGGUACUGUAUGAGCUAUGCGUAACAGAACCCACCGCGAAAGUCCUCAAGGUAGAGACAAAACCAGCCACCAAGUGGAAACCCUUGCCGUUAACUACGGUUGAGCUUCAGCAGUCCGGAUCCCGUCUGCUUCAUAUGGCGCCGAAAAAAGUACUCGACAUUGCCGAAAAGCUGUAUCAAAAAGGUUGCUUGAGCUAUCCACGAACAGAGACCGAUCAAUAUGACAAGGACUUUGACUUCAAUUCGCUCAUCCAAAAGCAGACGUUUGACAAUGACUGGGGUGCUUUUGCCAAAGGAUUAUUAGAUGGCGAGUUUCAGCGACCUCGAAAUGGCAAGAAGAACGACAAAGCCCAUCCUCCUAUUCAUCCGACAGCCCAUAAUAAUGCACUGGAUGCAGAUGAGAGGCGGGUGUUCGAGCUCGUUACCCGGCGAUUCCUCGCCUCCUGUCAUCGAAAUGCGGAGGGUAAAACAACAUCUGUUGAAAUCGAUAUCAAUGGGGAAGAGUUCUCGACGAGCGGUCUCAUUGUCACACAGCGAAAUUAUCUCAACGUCUACCCUUACGACAAGUGGAACUCCAGCGCUCUGCCCGAUUUUGACGAAGGUGAAGAAUUCGUUCCGUCUGUCUGCGAAUUGCGAGAUGGGCAGACGUCCAAACCGAACCUUCUCACCGAAGCGGACUUGGUCGGUCUGAUGGACAAAAACGGGAUUGGAACGGACGCUACGAUCGCCGAACACAUUGCCAAGAUCAUUGAUCGACAGUACGUGCUAGAGAAGCAAGAACAAAAGGUGAAGUAUUUGCUGCCUUCGUUGUUGGGCAUCGGCCUCGUCGAAGGAUUCAAUCGAGUCGGGCUUGAUCGAUCGCUAAGCAAGCCUCAAUUGCGUGCAGAGACGGAAUAUUCUAUGGGUCGUAUCUGCGAAGGCGUACUGCGAAAAGAAGAGGUCCUGGAGACUACUAUCGAGCAGUACAAAGAAGUUUACAUGACAGUUAAGAGAGAAUUUGACACUGUGAUGACGAUUGUCAAUGACUACAUGAAUGGACAGGGAGAAGUUCAGGACGCCCUUCGGACAGCUGUAACAAGAGGUCGAGGACGCGCUCGUGGGACGACAAGAGGCGUUGGCCGUGGCGGCCGAGGAGGCAGAGGGGGCGGGGCGACCGGAAGGACAGCUCGUGAUGACUCGGUCGACGACGAUGCGGAUGACAGCGAGAAUGGGGGAGGGGGAGCACCGAGGGGGGGCGCUCGUGGUCGUGCUUCGGCCAGUCGGGGGACGCGAGCGGUAGUUUCAACUCGCGGUCGAGGCGCAGCGCGCCGGGUUGAGGCAGCUGCUCCCAGGAGACCUCGAAUUGACGAUUCCACUGACAACGGCGUUGACAUGCCAACUUGCGAAUGCGAUGUUCCAGCUGUUCAGCGAACAGUCAUGAGAGACGAUUCUGCGCACAAAGGCCGGACAUUCUGGACAUGCGCCAAGCCGAUGGGAGAUAGUGGAAAGUGUGGAUUUUUUGCUUGGACGGAUGAAGAAGUCAACGCAAGAGCCGGGCCUAGUCGCGGCCGCACAUCUCCGGCUCCGCCUCCAUCGAAACGACUGAGAACAAUGGGACCAAGCACUCGUGAUAAUCAUGAUGAGGUCCUGCGCUGUGACUGCGGCUUGGAAGCUGUCUCACGGACCACGACAAAGGAAGGCCCGAAUCAAGGCAGAACGUUCUGGACCUGUCCAAACAAUCCGAAAGCACGAUGUAAAUACUUUCAAUGGGAGGACGAACUGGAGGGGACCGCUGAUAGCGGUCCCGGACGUGGCUCAAAUCAGAACAGAGGAGGAUCCUCAAGCGGCGCUGGAGGCGGUGCCAGUCAAGGACAAUGCUUCAAUUGUGGACAGGAGGGCCACUGGUCCAAUGUGUGUCCCAACGGUGGUGGCGCUAGUAGUGGGGCGGGUCGCAGCAGCAAGCAUUCUUAUAAAUCUCGCACAGGAACCAAGAGUGGAUCUCGUAAAGCCAACACAUCUGGUGGCGGAGGUAGCAGCAGCAAAGAUGCCUGCUACAAGUGUGGCCAGCCUGGACAUUGGGCCAGUCAGUGUCCAGGGGCUUAGUAGACGGUGCCUAGCCCGGUACCCAGUAAGCAAGCAUAU